UCUCCUUCACUUUGCGGUUCAGGCCAAGAAACACAUCCUACCCUUGGAGAAAUUCUACCCUAGCCGCUCGUCUCCUUCACAGCUCGUCUCCUUCGCUUUGCUGUUUGAUUUCAAACACGCCAAAAUCUGAAAACUCGAUUUCCGCAGAAGCGCAAUGAAGGUGCAAAUGUGGAAGUUGGAGUAUCACGUUCAAAUAGGGAAGAAGUUGAGGGAUUAGAGUGGUGGCUACCGACUGAAAAGAGGCUCGUGGCAGAAAGAGAACACCACAUCAAGAACCAGAAAGAGAACGAGUGAGAGGGAAGAAACGACAUAAAAGAGGAAUCCAGGAAAGAGUUUCGAGAUCGAGGUCUCGGUUCUGCAAUUCAAGCAGGGGUGGAUUUGUGUCUCAGCGACUGCAAUGGCAGCCAUUGGGGGCAUAUUGAGGUCAAAGCUAAGAUUAUCUGUUUUCUCAUGGCUCCACCGUGAUGUAAUGAGAAUACCCAUCUUGAAAGGCUGCGUUUCUUCUUAUGCUUCUUCCUCCACAGCACCUUUAAAAUUCAAUCACACAACUCAAAGUAUCGAUGGUGUCUGCCAUUGCCAACAGCAGUUUCAGAGAUAUUUGAGGCCUCGGUAUUACCACGAUGGUAGGCCGAGAGGUUCUCUUUGGAGGGGAAAGAAAUUGCUUGGUAAAGAAGCUCUUUUUGUUAUUUUGGGGUUGAAAAGAGUAAAAAACGAUGAAGAAAAACUGGACAAGUUUGUUAAAACCCAUGUCUCAAGGCUCUUAAAGAUGGACAUGGUUGCUGUUCUCAAUGAGCUUGAACGCCAAGAGGAAGUGGAUUUAGCCGUCAAGAUGUUUUGGGUCAUUCAAAAGCAAGACUGGUAUCAGCCUGAUGUAUAUCUAUAUAAAGACUUGAUCAUCUCAUUAUCUAAAUCUAAAAAGAUGGAUGAGGCAAUGAAGCUGUGGGAAAGCAUGAGAAAAGAAAAUUUGUAUCCGGAUUCUCAAACAUACACAGAAGUGAUUCGCGGGUUUUUGAGGUUUGGGUCUCCUGGUGAUGCUAUGAACAUCUAUGAGGAUAUGAAACAAUCUCCGGAUCCACCUGAUGAGUUGCCAUUCAGAAUUCUGUUGAAGGGGCUUCUGCCGCAUCCCCUGUUGAGGAACAAGGUCAAACAAGACUUUGAGGAGAUUUUUCCCGAGCAGAGUAUUUACGACCCCCCAGAAGAGAUAUUUGGAUUGCGUUAAGGUAUCGUAUGUUAUUUUGAAAUUACAUAAUAUUUGUUGUUUGUUUUAAGAUGGUAUCUGGAUAGUUUAUAUCUAUGCGAGUUUUGAACAUACUAGUUUAACCUUGAACUAGAAAGGUCUAAUUCUUCAGCCAUUUUAGAGAAUAGAAAGCUAUUGUUGAUUCAAGUCCCAACAUGUUGGUAAUUUCGGAGAUUAUCCUUCUGAUAGAUUUGUUUUUAAUAAAAGCGUGUCUGUCUAAUAGAAGAAUGCCU